CGGAAAUGCAACACGGAAGGUUUUCAAAGGUGCACAGGGAACGAAAGGACGGGACGGUUGAUACGGAAGAAGGAGUGUUGUGUUUUCAGUCCAGCUGGACCCGGUUUAACCCCUCACUGGGGUUCAAAAUGCGCUGCGGAGUUUCGGACACAGCAGGCGGAGAGUUCAUGUGAGCAAACAUGGAGCCGAGAUUCGACAGCGAAGUGGCGUCGAUUGUGGAAGUGGCCAUCCAGGCGACUCUGUCUGUGUUCAGGGAUGUGUUGGCGAAAGAGGCGCCAAACACGGAGUGGGAAAAGGCGAGGAUGGGCGAGAUCCAAGAGAUAGAGAAGUCUCUGGUGGUGCAGAUCCACAAAGUGUUCACGGAGUUCUCCUCGGAGCUAUUCGAGGAGAACGAGGCUCUGCGGGCCAAAGUGGAGCAGCUGGAGGACGUGCUCCAGAGGAAAGCCGGGCAGCUCGAGCAGGAGCUGGAGGCCAGAGUGGGGCAGCUGGGCAGAGACAUGGAGCAGCUGGAGAAGGAGCUGAAGACCAUCAGCGAGGGCCCGACUCACGUCCUGCUGCAAGACGGCUCAGUGAUGGGAGGUCCUGUGCUGUCAGUGUCCACCAGUCCAGACGCCCCAGAAUCAGCUGCAGAAGAAUCAAAUUCAGACCCGCCGCCCAUUUCUGCAGGAGCUGCUGAAGUCGUCCCCACCUCCACAGCUGCAUCGGUGACCAUCCCCAAACCUGCGGUCGCCCCCAUGGUGUUUGUGGGCAAAAUCAGCUCCGCUCCCACGGUGCUCUUGGUUGGUGCCAGCCAAAUCGUAGCGCAGUCAUCGGCCGUCUCAGAAACGACGGGAGCUGCAGCAGUCGUGCUCAAACCAGCGGCCUCGCCGGGCUCUACACCUCAAAAUGUCCCCAGUCCCGACUCCAGUACUGUCAGCGGUCUCGACUCUACGCAGGAGAAGAAGUCUUUGGAAGGAAGAGCUUCUGGGAGGACAAGACGAACGAGAAGAGCACCUGCUAAUAGUGAAAGAGUUUCCGUUGACAACGGCAGCGAGGAGAAACAAAGCAAGUCUGCUGAAGAGCCUGGCAGACGGCUGAGAAAGACUGAUUCGCAGACAGCGAGGCGGUUCUUCUGUGAGCACUGCGACCUUGGUUUUCACUGGAAAGGCGAACUGAAGAAACACAUGAAGGUCCACAAGAAGCCUUUUCCUUGCGAUCAGUGUGGCAAGAGUUUCCUAGAAAAGGCGUCUCUGGAAAAUCAUGUUUUGCGCCAUGAGGCAACUAAAGCCCCGCUGCCCUUCCCGUGCCCUCAGUGUAAACGAUCGUACAGGAAAGAGGAGUCGCUUCAGAACCACCUCAAGCGUCACCAACGGUCAAAGCCUCCGAAGCCAUUCUCCUGCGAUCAGUGUGGGAAAACGUUCAGAAUCAAGCAGUCUCUGGAAAACCACCUGUUACGCCACGAGAAAUGGAAGCAGCUGCUGAAGUGCCAGCUCUGCGAGAAGACCUGCAAGACCUCGGUUCAGCUGAAGUGCCACAUGGCUGUGCACUCGGAAGAAAGGCCCUUCAGCUGCGUGACAUGCGGGAAGGAGUUCAAGAGCAAAGACACGCUUCGCUUCCACCAGAUGGUUCACACAAACACCAAAAAGUAUAAAUGCACAAUGUGUGAGGAGACCUUCAAAUAUGCCCACUCGCUGACCGUGCAUAAGAGGAAGCACACAGGCGACAGUCCCUUCGUGUGCUCCGUGUGCAACAGGUCAUACAGGACCGGCACGGCUCUGAAAAGACAUAGUGUGGUCCACACGGGAGAGAAGCCCUUCACCUGUCACAUAUGUGGAGCGAGGUUCAGCUUGAAUAACAACCUGAAAAGGCAUCUUCGCAUCCACACGGGAGAGAAGCCAUUCAGCUGCCAGGAGUGCGGCAAGAGCUUCUCAGACAACAACAAGCUCAAGUCCCACAUGCUCAUCCACGGCGCCAGAAAGCCGUUCAUGUGCGAUCUGUGUGGGAAGACCUUCCUCUUCAACUGCAGGUUGCAGAUACAUCAGAGGUAUGUGCACGCCGACAGGAGCGAGCAGUCGGACGGCUCGCAGAAUUUCUUCCAGACUCGACGGCAGAACAAGUCGCUGGUUAAACCGUACAGCUGCAAAAUAUGCCUGAAAGGAUUCAGCGCCGCCUGCUCGCUCAAACUUCAUGAAAAAGGCCACAGCGAGCACAAGGAGUUCAACUGCGGCAUCUGUGGGAAGUCCUUCCACAACAAAUACUCUUUCAGCUAUCAUCAGCGGAGCCACACGGGCGAGAAGCCGUUCGUUUGCGACGUGUGCGGGAAGAGGUUUUUCCACGCCGCGAGUCUGAAGCAGCACGAGCGCAUUCACACGGGUGAGAAGCCGUACAAAUGUGACCAGUGCGGCAAGGCCUUCAGAACGGACGGAAACUUCUACAGACACAUGCGGAUCCACACGGGGGAGAAGCCGUUCGAGUGCAUGUACUGUCAGAGGAAGUUCCACCAGUCCAAUCAGCUCAAGUCCCACCUGCAGAUCCACACAGGGCAGAAGCUCUACUCCUGCCAGCAGUGUGGCCGAGGCUUCUCUGAUUCACGGCAGCUCAAGAAGCACAGCUGUGACGGGUCGUAGGUGACGUCGGGCUGCUGUCACCUGAUAGCAAGUAGGACUAAUAACUGAAAUGGAGGCAUUAGUUACCCAUGGCCCGGUGCCUUUUUGCUUACGAUUUUGCUAAGCUGAACAAAGCUGUUUUCAUACAUGAAGUCCAGAGAAUUGGGCGGGGCGUCAUCUGAAGUUUGUGUUUUCCAGGAAAUUAUUUGCCUCGCUUUUCUAGAAACUCGCAGUUUAGUGAAGUGGAGGGUGCCCCCGGACGCCUGACCUCCAUUCACUCGCUGUGAAUUCACUGGACAAUUGUUUGCUCUUCUCUCACAUGCACCCCAUCACACAUCAUGUGGUCUCUAUACUACACAGACUGCAUCAAGCACCUCCCUCAGUUAACCUCUUCUUCAACCACCUGGUCGUUGCUUUUGGUUAGCGGUAGGGUUGGAGUUUGGUACCUUAUCACAGAAAAGCUGUGUUAAAACAUAAAAGACUCGAUAUCAAACGUAACAUCUGUAUGCUUGUGCAGCUUAACCCUAAUCCUACUGCUAAAUGACCUGGGUGGUUUUUAAAAGUAUUCUCUCUGUAAAUUCUUGGUUAAAACCUUCAAACAUUAACUAGAACAAUUAACAAAAUGUUUAAAAAAACAGCUGUUAUGACUUCGUGUCUGAAACAUCUGAGUACUGUGAGGGAUCAGCUGGGGCUCUACUUUUGUGUAGUGCGAAUUCGUACCACGAGCUGAUGCAGCGAGUAAACCAGGCAAACCAUUAAGAGGCAGUGGCAGCCUUGAAAGUGCAAAACCUCUUGAGGAAAAUGUGAAAUAUCAAAAGUUAAAAGAAGAGCACCUCACAUCUGAAAACAUAGUGAGGCAGUGUCCCCUGGAGGUUGGUUACAAUUUGCACAUGGGUAUAAACAAAAAGUACCUUGAAGAGGUACUGAUCUUGGCAUGUCCUUGGUUAGUGCUCUUUCUAAAUGGUGCCGGCAAUAUUAAUCAUUUAAACUGACUUCAUAUUUUAUUAAUUUAAUGCCAGUUAACUGUUGGGUCUCACACAGCACUGUAUUUCAGCACCUCUCGAUGUCUCUCUGUGACUGGAAGACAGAUGACAGCCCCGCUAAUCAGCACAGUGCUGUACGACUUUGUACUACAGGAACGGUUAUAUGUUGUGUCAGAUCAAACUCUGUCUGACUGGAGAGAUGCAUAAGCACAUUCUGCACAGGCAUGAAAGAAGCAAAAAAAGCCCUUCUACAAGGUUUCACAGCCACCUCUGGAUGAAUCUGGGCUUUUAUUUUGAAGGUACAUUUGUUGACUCACCUGUCAAAUCUGUUUAAAAAAAUAGCUACAAAGAGCUUUACAAGCUCGGUGUUUGCUCAACGGUUCAAGCCAGAGUCUGUUUUCUGCCACCAGACAGCUCUGAGUUGAUUCAAAAUGCAAACAGUAAUCCUAGAUAUAACUCACAAGUAUGCUAACCUACAUAUUUGCUACAGUAAUGAGUAAACACAUGUGGCUGCCGGUGUACAGCUGUUGAUUGGCUCUUUGGAUCUCUGGUUUUGCGAAAUCCUCCCACUAAUUUUUGUUAAGGAAUUUUUGACUUAUCCUUACGCAGCAAGUCUGCAAAAAACUGAGCAGAGUUUUACACGGUGCAAGGUGUCACACAUUUCAGUGGCAUUUAAAGACUUUGUUAACUGGUUCAAAUGGCUCUUUAAUACAAAUACAACAUUUCUAAGAUUAAUGUUUAUCUUCAUCCAUCAGAUUAGUUGGCUAGUUGUCUUCUAUUUUCGAGUUUAAUCAACUAGGAAAUCAGUUAAAAGCUGUAGUGCAUGUAUGAAAACUGCUCCAGAGUGACACAGAAAUAACUUAAUAAAAUGUACUGGGGAGAGCUGGUAGGGUUACCUGUGAUUGCAGAGGUAUUAAAGUUUUGGUGAAAUUCUGGACCAGCAACCAUGUUAAAACUAACUAAUGUUAACUAAUCUGGGCAUCAACAAAUAACUUGACUAAAGAUUUAUGCCAGCCUAAAAUAAUAUAACAUCAGACACCGAUGUAGAUAAAUGUCCUUGUGUUUGCUGAUAUCAGCUGAUACUGAUCUGUGCAUUCGUCCUUAUGAUGUGGGUGUGAAAAACGGCUACAACGCUGGCACCUCUCACCCUUUAGAUGUUAGAGUUAAGGGACUGAUUAAGUGUGAUUUAAUAGCUGUCAACACGAUAUCAGCUUUUUUUUAUCAGUAGAGGUUAGCAGCAUUGUUGUGGCAUUUAUGUUUUGUAUUAUUAUUUUGUUUCUUUAACCUCAGCUGUUUAAAAACUUGGUGAAACAUGAAAGUUACUUGUAUGAAACCUAAAAUUGGAGAUAUUAAGGUAGGAUGCAUCUUCAAAUGUUCUGAAGGUAAUGUAGGAGUUCUUGCCAGUUGAAACUGAAGUGAAAAUUUGGGCAUUUUUAAUUGAUUUUUUUUUUUUUGUAAGAAUUCUUAAAGUAGUAAUUUAUGUUUUGUGAAUUCCCAAAAAUCCCAGUGAAAGGUGUAAUUAUUUUUAAAAUAGAAGUCGAAGUGUAAAGUGACUUUCUAAUAACUUUAUAUUUCAGUUCUCUGAGAUAUGUGUCUAUUUUUCUUGCUCGAAAUUGCAAUUAAAUAACAUUUGCAGUGAAAGCGCUUUGUAUGAGUUUUAUUUUGAAAUUUCUACAGUUGGACUACUUCCAUUUCCUGAAUGAAUGGCGCUAACACAGCGGCUAGUUCUCUGCGCUUGUAACGAACAGUUUUUAUCCGCAGAGGGAAAAUGUCAGAAAACUUGGUGUUUUAUUCAGAAACGAAGUGUAUCAUGGAGACUGUUAUCCGGGUCGCUGUCGAUGUUAUUGGAAAUCCCAGAGUAGAAACCGACGCAGAGGAACAGACUAUGAACCGUAAGCUGGAUUUUGACAGCACUGUGGAGAUGUUAGCGUGUGAGGCAACAAGAAAGAUCAGCACCGUCUUCUCCCAGGUGUCUUUGCUGCUGCUCGCUGAAAACAGGACUCUGAAGGCCAAAGUGGGACAGCUGGAGAG